GCUCGCUCGCUCCCUCUCUCUCUCUCCCGUCUGCUGCUGCUGCCGCUGCCGCUGCCUCCUCCCUCUUCGAUCCACUCUGCGGCGCGUGCGGCGGCGGGGGGUGAGUGCGCUGUUGCCGCCGCCGAAUGACCUAUCACGCUCGUCUUACCAGGCAGAUGCUGCUGCUGCCCGUGAGAGUUGCAAGGAGCUGAGGUCCAUCUGAGGUGGAAGAGGAGCCCAGAGUUCAGAGGAAGAACCGCAUCUUUUUCCUUCUUCUUCUCUAUUUCGGCCAUGGAGGAGGUGGAGGUGGCGAACAAGGCGGCGAUGGAGAGCUGCCACAGGGUUCUGGCCCUGCUCUCGCAGCAGGAGGACCCGGCCCUGCUCAAGAGCAUAGCUUCAGAGACAGGUGAAGCCUGCGCCAAGUUCAGGAAGGUGGCCACCCUCCUCGGCAAUGGCGGCGGCGGCGGCGGGCAUGCUAGAGGCAGAUUCUCCAGGAGAGACAAGCCUGUGGGGUUCUUGAACCAGAAGGGCUUCUUUGGGAGCAGCAGCAACGCCCCGUUGGAGAUGAUGCCCACCAGUGCUGCUGCUGCUGCUCCAUCUCCAUCUACUAGUUAUGCGCAUUUGUGCGCCCGGUUUAAUGGUAUGCCAGAUUCACAGGGGCUGGAUUUGGCCAGCUCGAACAGCAAGAGUGCGAAAGCUCAUCAGUCUGGGGCUCCUAAGAUGGUCCAGCCAUUGUCAGUGCAGUUCCAUAUUGGGAACGAUGCUCAUAGGUACCCAUUCCACCAUCAGCCUGCGUGGCAGAAUUUGCAGGCCGAGAUGUUCAAGAGGAGCAAAAAUGGGAUCAGCCUGAAGUUUGAUAGCCCUAGUCUCAGUGGCGGCGCUGGGACGAUGUCAUCAGCGAGGUCGUUCAUGUCCUCCUUGAGUAUGGAUGAGAGUGUGGCUAGUUUGGAUGGGAAGCGACCGUUCCAUUUUGGGCCGGUGGUGAGUGAUCCAAUGGAUGCACACCGAGCGCCCAAGCGGCGGUGCAUGGGCAGGGGGGAGGAUGGCAGAGGCAAGUGUGCCAUGACUGGCAGGUGCCAUUGCUCAAAGAGGAGCAGGAAAUUGCGAAUUAAGAGGUCGAUUAAAGUGCCAGCCAUUAGCAACAAAAUUGCCGAUAUACCGCCGGAUGAAUACUCGUGGCGGAAAUACGGGCAGAAGCCGAUUAAGGGUUCCCCUCAUCCAAGGGGAUACUAUAAAUGCAGCAGUGUCAGGGGCUGCCCGGCAAGGAAGCACGUUGAACGGUGCGUGGAUGACCCGGCGAUGCUAAUUGUGACAUAUGAAGGCGAGCACAACCAUACCUUGCUGCCCGCACAGUCUGUCCAGACCUAGAGUAUCAGUAAAUCGCUGCACUCCAUUCAGGAAAUGCAGAGACCAUGUCUUUGCUGAAGGAUGGUCAUGUAAAAUCUCGGUCCGGUGAAUAUUGAAUGCAGCAAUGACGAACAUGGAGCCAUUUGAGAAUCUGAUGAGUUGCUUGGCCCCUCCUGUGCUACAUGCUGUUACAGUUGCGACAUCUAAAGUGGGGGCAUACAAGUUCAUCUCUGUUGUGAGUUGCCUUCAUCUUUCAUGGUCCUGAACUUGAAAGAUGAUGGAGGAAACGACUUGUGGCUUGAUAGUGACUGGUGACCUUUGCUGAAGAAUGGAGUGAGCCUGAAUAAUUGGAAGGAAGAUUGAGGAAAGGAAGUGGACAACUGAGCAUUGUGCAAGGAUGGAUUAGGAUGACAGGAUUGGCUUUUAGCGUGUACAAGUUUACUUGCGAUGACUUGCCUAUGUAUGUUGCUUUAGCUUUAUUGAAAGAUCACCUCUACUGUUGACAAAAAGUAGCAUUCCAGAAUUAAAGGUGCUUCUUGCUGACUGCUGACAAGUUUUUUAUGCCUAGUACUAUCACUCUUGUGUAAAGCAUUUUGUAUUAAUGAUUUUAGCAUCUGCGUUCUUGA